AUGGCGGAAAUCACAGAACUGUGGCGAGAAUGUGUACGGUGGAUGGUUGAAUGUGGAAUUCUGGAUUCCAAACAUCGGGUAGCGGAAGCAGAUGCUGAAAUCGGUGAAUUCGCGACUAUCUUACGAGAUGGUGUAUUGCUUUGUUUACUUUGUAAUCGACUAUGCGAAAAUUGUAUUGACAUCAAAGAUUUACAACAACGGCCACAAAUGGCUCAGUUUCUUUGCUGCAAAAAUAUAUGCGAGUUUCUAAAAGCAUGUAAAAAUACAUUUGAAAUGAACUCGGAAGAUUUAUUUGAUCCAUGGGAUCUCUAUCGCCUUGAUGAUUUUGGCAAAGUGCUGAGAACGCUUUCUAAAUUAUCCGCGUCUCCUGUAGCAAAGCUUAGUGGUAUCAGGGGAUUUCCAUUACGUAUAUCUUCAUUAAAUUCGGUGGAGUAUUAUAACGACAAGGUUAUUUAUAAAAAUCUUCGCCAAGGAGCAGAGGUAAAUGAACCUGUACUCGAAAAUGCAUAUGAUAUGGGUAUCGCGGAGGAGGAGAAAACCAGUGGCCGAAUUUACGAUUCUAUUGUGUGUCAACGAUCUAACAGUCAACGCGAAUUGAAAGCUAUCGAAUAUGACAAGUGGUUAAACUUCAAACCAGAUUCUCGACGUGAACAUUGCAUCAAGGAAUUAUAUGAUACGGAAUCAAACUAUGUCGAGAAAGCGCUUGAUAUGAUCAUAAAUAAUUUUUACACACCACUGGAGGAAGUGCUAUCGAAGGAUGAUCAUAAAAUGAUCUUUAUGAAUAUUUUGGAAUUAGCAUGUAUUCAUCGCUCAUUUCGUGAUCAUUUACGGCAAGCUGUCUUCUAUACUGUUGGGUUGGAGGAGCCUUCGAACGAUGAAAAGCCAGUAACAAUUGGGGACGUAUUCAUUACGUGGAAAGAGAAAUUCGUGGCUUAUGGAGAAUAUUGUUCGAAAUUACCAAAUUCACGUUCACGCAUUUGUUACUUGGAAAAGACGGAUCCGAUCGUGCGACAAAAGAUUAUUGAUUGCGGUAUAGCUGCUAAUCGCAAUCAGUUCCAUUUGCAGGACCUUCUCAGUAUACCUAUGCAGAGGGUUUUAAAAUACCAUGUUCUUCUAUCGGAGAUGAUAAAGCUUACCUCAGUGGAUUCGUCGGAUCGCUUACCUUUAGAAGAAGCCAAAGAAGCGAUGCAGGAUAUCAAUUCCUAUGUCAAUGAAAUGAAACGUGAUUAUGAGAUGCAGCAACUGGUUAUGGAUAUUGAAACCAGUAUAACCGAUCUGGAGCUGCCCAUAGGCAUGCAUUUAAUUAACUAUGGUCGAUUGGUUAAAGAUGGUGAAAUCAAAAUUGCGGAUCAAAGUAAAGAUGGCAAUCGACUUAAAACGCGCUAUGUAUUUGUUUUUGAUAAAGUGAUGAUUAUUUGUAAAAGCCUCAGAGGAAAUCAAUAUUCAUAUCGAAGUGCGCACAUACUAAAUGAUUACCGCAUCGGUGUUGAUGCUGAUAAUAACAACAAAAUUGGUACAAUAACUCGUAAGCUGACAGCUAAUGGUGGUUAUUAUUUCUCUUUAGUGCAAGAAUUAGAUGACGGUAUUACCAACGUCCUCAGUGUUUGCUGCAAGACUAUGCUUCAGCGAGAUAGUUGGGUGCAAAACAUUAUAGCGGCACAAAGCAAUGUAAGGCCUAAAGAUUCGGAAACAUCAGGUCACUGUUUGCAGUAUCAUAGCUACGAUAAAGCUACUGUCUGUUUUCACUGUGAAAAGCUUCUUGCUGGUCUCUUCUAUCAGGGAUACCAUUGUUCCGAUUGCAAGCGAAAUUUGCAUCGUGCGUGCUUGUCGAUGAGUAAAUGUCCAGGAGUUGGUCCUAUAACAAGAACUCAAGUUUCAAAUAGGCGGAAACAUGCUGCUUCCUUGCAACCUCAUGAAUGUGUUCGCGCAGUACAGUCAUUUCAUUCGAACGAUCCACUGUUUCUAUCAUUUGAAAUGAAUGAUUUGAUAGAAAUCACUCAACGAAAUGUUGAUGGUACAGUGAUGGGACGAAUUGUUGCUUUUCCUAAUCGAGCUGGACUUAUUCAACCAGAAAUUGUCCGACGAUUCCGGAUAUCAGCGUCGUCAUUGCAUAUGGGUUCAUCGACAGGUAGUUCAUUAACUAGCGUUACACUGUCAUCACCGGUAGAACAUUGUGACUCUUGGAUUAUUAGUUCGCCUCAGUUACAACUGCCUCUUACAAAUGAACAACGCAAGUCCUCUUCCUCGAUCGAAAAUAUGUUUUUGCCUCAGAAAUCACAGAGCCAGGAUUAUGUGAAUACGGAAGUAGUAGGCCAGCAGUGGUAUCGAGGACCGAUGAAGCGAUGGGAUUCGGAGGAACUUUUGCGUGGUACACCAGAUGGUACUUUUUUAGUACGAUUCAGUUCUGCGCAACAAAAAUAUGUGAUCAGCAUAAGUUUCAAUGGUGAUGUGAAGCACACAAAGGUAGAACAGUCUCCAGAAGGACGUUAUUACCUGGACGAAAGUACAAUGUUUUCAAGCGUCGUGGAAUUGAUCAACUAUUAUAGAGAAAAUAAUUUACGAGAGUCAUUCGAAACUUUAAAUACUACUUUACGACAUUCGUAUACCGAUAAACAGCCAUAUAUUGCCCUGCAUAAUUUUGAAGCAUCAGAGCCAAAUUUUCUCACUUUAGUGGUUGGUCAGAAAGUCUACGUGAUUAGUAGGACUGGUGAGGAUCGAGGAUGGUGGAAAGGCCGAAGCGGCAAUAGAGUGGGCUACUUUCCACUUGCUUAUGUUGCACCAGCAGAAGAUGCAUAA